AGCAGAGGUUGCGUCCGUCACGGUCACGGCGGGAGCGGCGGAAGAAGAGGGAGGAGACGGGAAGAAGUAGAGCAAGUCAGCAGUAGUGUGUAAUCACUACAGUCCAGGAGCGCAGUGGAGAUAUCAGUAGCUAGCAAUUAGCAAAGCAGCAGUCUCUCUAUAGGAGAUUUCGGAAGAAUCGAGCAGUUCCCCUGACGACCCAAAUCUCUAAUACCUAACUUAUAGCGACGGAGUCCACCCUCGCACCUAACUCCUCGCCCUGUCUCGCUUCCGCAGACACGCCAUUCAUUCAUCGCUUAGCUCAUCUCUUAGAAAAAUUCACCCCCAGACACCGAAAUUGUCCAUUGUUCUCGAUUUCUUUCCAUUUUUGUUUCUGGGUUUUGACAAAUUUGUCAACCUGGGUUCGCCGAGCUCCUCUUCAUCUCCCUCAGCCAUGGACGUUGAUCCUCCUAACUACGACAACGUUAAUGAAUUCGGGGCAACCUUUGUCUAUGGAAUGUGAUUUUGAGCCCAAAAGUUGCUAGCUUUGGUCUCGAAUGCCAUUGGGGUUUCUUUCCCGAGCUCUGAUUUUGGGGCAUUGAGAUUAUUCCUUUCAACCAUGUUCCUUUGGCCUUUGGAUUUCUUGUUUUGAAAUGGUGCUGGGUGUUUCUCGACUCUGAGGGCUUCCAUUGAAUGUCGGGUUAAUGUCCUUAUGCUUCUCGGUUUUUUUUAACAGACAAUCAAUGACAGUGAUGUCCACAGUAUUGUUCUUUCGUAUUUGGUCCACAAUUGCUACAGAGAAACGGUGGAGUCAUUUGCUGCUGGCACGGGGAUGAAUCAACCCGCCGAUUAUCUUGAAGACAUAGAGAAACGGAAAAAAAUUUUCCAGUGUGCACUAGAGGGAAAUGCACUCAAGGCGAUUGAACUGACUGAACAGCUGGCACCCGAUCUACUAGAGAGCAACAAGGACUUGCAUUUUGACCUCUUGAGCCUUCAUUUCGUCGAGCUUGUCCGCUCAAAGAAGUGCAAUGAAGCCCUGGAAUUUGCUCAGACCAAGCUGACUCCAUUUGGGAAGGUGCAGAAGUACGUUGAAAAGCUUGAAGACUUCAUGGCGCUACUUGCGUAUGAGGAGCCAGAGAAGUCUCCAAUGUUUCAUCUUCUCAGCUUGGAGCACCGUCAGCAAGUUGUCGACAGUUUGAACCGAGCUAUUCUUGCACAUGCAAAGCUUCCAAGCCACACUGCAAUGGAGAGGUUGAUACAACAGACAACAGUGGUCAGGCAACUGCUGAAUCAAGAUCACGCCAAGGAUGGGCAUCCACCAUUUGCUUUAAAGGACUUCCUCAACGGCUAAGCCUGUGUUAUAAAGUGUUGGAAUCAUCGCGUUGAGAUGUGACCACCGGUCUGUUAGCAUGCUACUGCCACCAAAUUGGUUUUGGUUAUAGACUAUAGUCAUUAGUCAGUCACCACCACGGUCUCACACGUCAGUGACAAGUUGCUCGGACAACUAGUUACGUUCUGCCGGAACAGACACUACUCAGUCUGGAUUCAGCUUUAGUGAGAUCAAAGACGGAAGCUUCAAUCAGUCUUAGAUGACUGGCAUUUCGCAUUUCUGUAGCUUGGAAAUGAGUUUUCUUUUUUCCUUGGCUUGUAAGGAUUCACUGUGGCAAUGAAAUUGCGAGAGGCUUUUCUGCAGUUUGUAAAUCUAUACUAAAUAUUAUGGCUAUUCAAAAAUAACUUUUUGCCACAUAAGCACUUGGUGAAUGCACAAGUUGCCAAGGUGGACAAUUUUUUUACAAACAAAAAACUAUUUAUUGAUCUAUUUAUGAAGCU